AAACCUGCUUGACGUCGCUGCUGCUGCUGCUUUUGCUGCUGCUGUUUCUGCUGCUGCUGCUGCUACUGCUGCUACUGUUGCUUCUGCUGCUCCUCCUGAUAGAGGCGGGCAGGCGUCGGGACUAAGAGAGAGAGAAUCCUCAGACCGACUGACAGCCUGACAGCCUGACAGACGGAGGAGGGAUCGGAGUGAAGGGGGACGUAGACACAGUCGCUCAGACCCUGGCCCAGUGAACUAGCGCCCCUUACUCUUCUUCUCUUCCGCCGGAUUCCCGCACCCUCGCAGUGCGAUAAUCAGUGGAUUAUUGGCCCCCGGUCUCUCAGUUCUCGGGAACAUGAAGCUGCCAUCGUUUGUUCUUAAGCUGCUUUUGGCUGCAGUAUUCUCUGCAUUGGUAAGUGGAGAGAGUCUAGAAAGAGCUCGGAGCCGGCUAUCGGAAAACCGAGGGACAGAGAACCCCGACUCAACCACGGCAUCUUUGAACCAGCUGCUCCAUUCACGGGUUAGCAGAACAGAAGCCCUUGACCUACCGGACACCCAACGUGACCUUGUUAGAGUUGCAUUCUCUUCCAAACCACAAGCUCUGGUCACUCCAAGCAAGGAAGAAAAUGGGAAGAAGAGAAGAAAAGGCAAAGGAAUGGGGCGGAAGAGAGACCCCUGUUUGCGGAAGUACAAGGAUUAUUGCAUCCAUGGAGCAUGCAACUAUUUGAAAGAACUUCGAAUGCCAUCGUGCAUCUGCCAAACAGGAUACCAUGGAGAACGGUGCCAUGGACUGAGUCUCCCUGUGGAAAACCCCUUAUAUGGCUAUGACCAUACAACAAUUUUGGCGGUGGUGGCAGUGGUGCUGUCUUCUGUCUGUCUCCUCAUCAUUGCUGGGCUGCUCAUGUUCAGGUACCAUAAGAGAGGAGUUUAUGAUGUAGAAAGUGAAGAGAAAGUUAAACUGGGGAAUCCUGCUGCCCACUGAUGGAAAUUCUGAGUGUUUACGGUAUCAGCUGGGAUGUGCUACCUCCUGAGAAGACAUGAAAGCACAGCUGCAAACUCUACCGACUGGAGGCAUUUCCCCAAUGUCUAUGAAGAUGAAGAUUCCUUAGUCCCAAGCUGAUGUAUCAAUUGGGCCUCUACAACUGUUUCGUCAAAAUGCCAAAGCCUCCAAGUGCCAAGCAGAUUAUGUCAAAGGGAAUCUGGAAAGGAAAAAGGCUAAAGAAAGAGACAAUGAUGUUCUUUUCCCCCCCAAUAGAAGUUUUUUUAUGCAUUUAUCUUUUGGAUUUAAAAUGCCAGUAAAAUUCCAUAUGCUCUAAAAGUCUUUGACUGAAGAAGAAGGAGAGAUUUGUGGGCUUUAGAAUGAAGGAAAAUGAAAAAAAAAAAGGACUGAAAAGCGAAGCACUCCAGUAGUCACUGAGAAAUCUGCUUUUUGGACUCUCCAGCUGUAUGAUGAGCUAACUGUGAAAGACUGCAAGCCCCAGAACACUGAACUUUGGGACUUUACCUACAUAGAAAAAUAAUUUAACAGAUAUUUUUGUUUGUAAAAAAAAGCUUUUUAAAUUAUGUAUUUAUUUUAUUCUAUAUAUGUUAAUUUAUUUAGUUUUUAACAAUCUAACAAUAAUAUUUCAAGUGCCUAGACUGUUACUUCAGCAGCAAUUUCACACCCCACCAUCUGGGUGAAAGGAAAACCUCCUAUAUCUGCGCUUGUUCUUAGACAGCCGUAUAACUUGUCUGUGAUAAUAACAUAUUAUUGUCUGUGAACAUUUCUGAUGAUAUUGCAUGGGCAGGAUGCCGCAGAGGGGACAGAAUUCUGCACCAUCAGGAUCUAUAUCUCGGGGCUCUACAAAUGCUCGAUCCACUCUAUGAGUUGGAUGGCGGUUUUGCCUACUGCUUUUUAUAUUGCUGUUCAUUUCGAAUACUGGAUGUGCUGAUGUUGCAAUGUAACAGACUUCAGCCUUGCUCUUGUUUUCUCCCUCUGAAAUCUCAUGAAGGCAUGGGCUCUCGGGUCGGCCUGGUUAGCACAGCUCUGUGUUUGCCCCAUGGGACAAAGAGAGUGGGAAAUCAUUUUCUGUGUCAAUACAUUUCUAUUAUUCCAACAAUUCACCUGGUGCUACUCCAUAUAUCCAGAGGUGCGGCCCUACAAACUAGGUGCUGAAUGGGUUAACAAAUCGAAGGGGCAAAGAGGAUUAGGCAGACACAAAUUGGGAUGGGUGACAAACAGAAAAGUCAGGUCUAUGGGUCUCUGUUGCUUAAAGCAGAUGUAUUGUGAGUGAGAAGAAAGGGUGGAUUUCUUUGUAAGUUGGUUAUGCCACCCACCAAAACCCCAAAACAAGAACAAAAAAUGUCUGCCAUGGUUAACUCUGAUAGUUUCUAGCAACAAUACUGAACUGUUACAUUCUAUACUUCCAAAUCUGGUUCAUAUUUACACUCUACAACCCAAAUAAAAGUAACCUUUA